GAACAGAGGAUAUAAAUAUAUCAUAAUUUGUUAUUAUGAUAAGCGGAUGAAAUCAUUUCGUAUUUUCCUUAUUUUUCUUAAUAAAUUUCGUUUUGGAACAGCGAUUGAUCUGAAGCCGGUAGUAUCAGAUUUUGAGAGUAUUUCCCUAUAUACAGGUCGUGGAACUAAAGAAAACGGGGUGUUUGAUAAAGGGUUAAAAAAAGAAUCGAAAUCGCCGGAGAAAAAGGUGUAUUUUUGGGAAAUUUUGACAUGUUUUAUUGUUUAUAUGGGCUCAGUUAUUUUUUAUCUGUGGACUAAGCUAAAGGGGGUAUAUAUAUAUAUAUAUUUCAUGAGCAAGGAAUCUAUUAAAAAGGAAGAUGAUUCAUCGUCACGAUCUUGGUUAAAUAUUAUGGUUUAUUUUUUUUUAUUGCCAUAUUUUUGGAUUUCAAAUGGGAAAAAACUGAUUAAACCAUCUUAUAUAUCAAGGUUUCCAUAUAAAGAAUCUUCAGAGUUUAAAUCACCACGUGAAAUAUCUAAUACACAAUUAUCGACACAAUUAUCUGCAUCUGAAGCAGAUGAUUCAAUAAUUUUACAUAAUCGGGAUUUAUCUUUUAGCUCAAUUCGUUUUAUGCUUUAUAACAAAGGUGUUAUUGGGAAAGAUAAUCUCAGAUCCCCAUCAUCAUCAAUGAUUAUAGAUAUGCCUCAUUUAUCGGAACUUUUAAAUGCAUCUAUACCACGUCCUUUAUUUCCAAAAACAUUAAUACCAAAAACUCUUAUUCUAGAUCUUGACGAAACAUUGAUCCAUUCUUUAGUGAAAGGUGGAAGAAUUUCUUCAGGACAUAUGGUAGAAGUAAUGUUGGGGAAAUAUGCUAUUUUAUAUUAUGUGCAUAAACGUCCACAUUGUGAUAAUUUUCUAAAAAAGGUUAGUAAAUGGUAUAAUGUCGUUAUUUUUACAGCAUCUGUACAAGAAUAUGCAGAUCCGGUUAUUGAUUGGCUGGAAAAGGACUGCAAAUUCUUUAAAGCUCGAUUUUAUCGUCAGCAUUGCACAUUUCGUAACGGCUCAUAUAUCAAGGACUUAUCAAUUGUACAACCUGACCUUUCCAAAGUAAUCAUUAUCGAUAAUUCUCCUGUAAGUUAUUCUAUGCAUGAAGAUAACGCUAUUCCUAUCGAAGGCUGGAUAAGUGAUCCUUCUGAUAAAAAUUUACUGCAUUUGAUCCCUUUUCUAUAUGGUUUAAGAUAUGUCUUGGAUGUUCGUACUCUUUUAGGACUUAGGACAGGCGUAUUCUCUUUUAAUAAAUCUUAAAUUUAUACCCUUCAUUCAAUUAUGGUUUACGUUUUAUAUCAUAAU